AUGGGCCAGAAGUCGGGCCCGGAUGAGUCGGCCCAGCAGGUGGACCAUGGGUUGGCCAGGGGUCAGAGCCCAAGCCCAAUGAAGCGGGCUAGGAGCCCGCACAAGCCCAGUCCAGCGCUGGGGGCGGGGCCGGCCCAGGGCCUAUCCCGAACUGCUUCAUCUUCGUCCUUCGAUGGUCGGGAGGGUCGCUGGAGGGAGAUUGGGAGGAGACACUUCCGGAGUGCCUCCCUGCCUCCGGCGAGGGCUCCUGCUCGACUGAAGCCGAAGCUGACCGGAGGUCCCGGCAGGGGGGUCGUGGAGUCUCCAUCGGCGCUGCAGCCGAGUGCCUCUCCGGUUGAGGGUGGUGCUGCGUCGGGCGGAAUGGAGCCGAUGCGUGAGGGGAAGUCGACGGCGGAGCCGGUGGCGGGGCCUGAAGCUGAUGGGCUGUGCUCUGCUAGGGCGGUGCUCCCCCCCCCCCCCUCCCCGGAUGCCGGAGGCUCCACGUCGAGCCGGUCGGUUCGGUUGACUCGGGGCGCGCUGAUGAUGCCGGUGGCGGCGGCUGAUGUUGGUGGACCGGCUCGUGUCGAAGGAGGAGAGGGUGGUGAAGCUUUCAUGGUGGAGCUGGGCAACGAGAAGGGAGUUUCUUGCCUCUCUGCAGAGACUGUGGCGAGUGCUUCCCAUGCUCUGUCGACCACUGUUCAAGCCGGGAGAACUGGUUCGGAGGAGCUGGGCAGUCCGACCACAGAGAGCAGCUUCAAUUUGCCAGUUGGGGCGGUGGUGACAAGGGGUGUGUCCGGGGGCUCGAGACAGGGGUCUCCGAUUUUGGAUCAUGGGAGGGUUGUUGACCUGCUGAGAGCCUCAAUCCAGGAAGGCAAGCUGGCUCCUGGUGCGGAGGGAGAACCGAAUGAACUCCUGUGGGUGUUGUGCGGGGUUUAUGCUAGUACCGAUUAUAGGGUAAGGAGAACUCUUUGGGGAGAACUGACUAGUCUGCUGACCCAGGGAGUACCAACAAUGGUAGUAGGGGACUUUAACUGCAUCUUAAGCUCAGAGGAGAAGAGAGGAGGUAGACAAUACUCUGAUUCGGUGGAUAGAAGGGAGUUUCGUGAGUUUGUGGGGAGGAAUGGAUUGGUGGACCUCGGCUUUUCUGGACCUCGUUUCACCUGGUGCAAUAAUCAAUCUGGGCAGGCUAGAGUGUGGGAGCGGAUCGACAGGGCCAUUGCAUCCCCAGACUGGAUCCAGCGUUUUCCUGCCUACCAGGUUAGUCAUCUAGCUCGGAUUGCUUCUGACCACUGCCCUCUCUUGAUAUCGACAGAGGCAAGAUCGGUGCAUCAUAGCCCCUUCCGCUUUGAGAAGUUGUGGUUGUCAUAUCCCCAGUCAUGGGAUGUAGUCAGGGAGGCGUGGAGUGUGCCAGUACGAGGGGAUGCCAUGCAGAGGGUGUCACGCAGGUUGGAGCUCACCAAACGCCGUCUUCGGCGUUGGAACCGGGAGACUGUCGGCAAUAUCUUUAGGAGGUUGGAGGAGGUGGAGGCAGUGAUUUUGGACGCCCAGGGGAGGGAGGAUCGAGGAGAGGACCUUACGGAGGCCGAUAUGGUGGAUCUGCGGCGAUCAUUAGCUUCCCACCAUUCCUUGUUGCGCCAGCAGGAGAUCUUUUGGAGACAGAAGUCCAGAAUUCAGUGGGUUAAGGAUGGUGACCGGAAUACUUGUUUUUUUCACCGAUCGACAGUUAUUAGAAGGCAAAGAAAUAUGAUCCGGUCCUUGAGGGUUGAGGCGGGCCACUGGGUGGAGGAGGAUUCGGCAGUUAGACAGGUAUUAGUCGACUUUUUCAGGUCCAGAUGGACUGAGGAUGGGGGGAUACUUAAGACGGGUCUACUUCCCCGGUCGGAGAUCAGAGUGGAUGAGUCAGAGAAUACAGCCUUGAUUCGGCCAGUGUCAGAGAUGGAGGUGCAGGAGGCGGUUUGGGGUCUGGCAGAGGAUAAGGCCCCUGGACCGGAUGGCUUCCCACCAUUCUUCUUCCGUAGAUAUUGGUGUAUUAUUCGAAGGGCAGUGGUGGAGGCAGUACAGUUUUACUUUACCCAUGUAAGGAUGGCAGAUGAUUGGAAGGCCACCUUUAUCACAUUGAUACCGAAGCGUGUGGACGCUUCGGAACCGAGUCAUUAUAGACCCAUCAGCUUGUGUACCACCUUGUACAAGGUGGUGGCGAGGAUCAUGGUGGGGAGGAUGAAGAGCCUGAUGCCACGGAUCAUUAGCCGGGAGCAGGGAGCCUUUGUGGGGGGGAGGAGUAUCUCAGACAACAUUUUACUGGCUCAGGAGAUGAUGGGGGAUCUGCAGCGAGCCUCUAGGAGGCGAUGUUUGAUGGCAGUGAAAUUAGACAUGGAGCGAGCCUAUGACCGGAUCCGGUGGGACUUCCUGCGGAGGGCACUAGAGAGUCUUGGUUUCCACCAGGUUUGGAUUGAUUGGAUUCUUGGAUGUGUGCAGGGGCCUAGCUUCUCUAUUCUGGUCAACGGCACGCCAUCGCCCUUCUUCCGUGCUACUAUGGGACUUCGCCAGGGAUGUCCUCUGUCCCCAUUUCUGUUUAUUAUUUGCUCGGAUGUUCUUUCCCGGGCUAUGCAUGCUGCUUGUGGGAACCGGGAGCUGGCACCCUAUUGCCCAGCCCCGGGUGCCCAACCUCUCUCACACUUAUUAUUUGCAGAUGACUGCCUCCUACUCGCCAGGGCGCGGGUGUCGGAUGCCAGAGCCCUCCAGGGCGUACUGACAGAGUAUUGUGUGAUGUCUGGGCAGAGGGUUAAUCUACAAAAGUCCACUAUCUUUUUCAGCCCUAGCACUGAGGGGAGGGUGCGCCGGGAGAUCAGGGCGACUAUGGGGAUACAGGAGCAGACGGGGGCCCUGGUGUAUCUUGGGGUUCCUAUCACAGGGAGGAGGUUACGGGUGGCAGAGUGCGCCACCUUAUUGGAGAGGGUGCGGAGCAGACUAGAGGGAUGGAGGGCAUCGUCUCUCUCUAUGAUGGGGAGAUUGACGUUGAUCAGGUCAGUUCUGUCUUCCAUGCCUAUUUACUUGAUGGCUCACACAGUGGUGCCAAAGACUGUGCUGGUGGGGAUUGAGCGGCUUAUGCGGAGCUUUCUUUGGGGCUCCUACCGGGGGGGCCAUGGGAUACAUUUGGUGGCUUGGGAGAGAGUGUGUUUACUACUGAGGGAGGGUGGGCUGGGGGUGCAGUCACUCUUGGUGCGACGCGAGGCUCUUUUGGCACGGAGGGCGGCACAGCUUGUCCUGGAGCCGCUCGGUCACUGGAGCCAGGUUAUGAUAGCCAGGUAUGGCCGAGCGGGUCUCGAGGGCCAGGCGAUAGGACGGCGGAGGAGAUCCUUUAUGUGGCGAGAGUUUGGGAGGUAUGUGCCUAUGGCCCUGGCGCAUUCGAGGUGGCUGAUCGGCGACGGGCGGAGUGUUGAUGUGAUGGAGGAUCCAUGGGUGGAUGCAGUUCCUUUGAGACUAUGGCCGACGACUAUUAGCAUUGAGGUGGGGGAGGGACUCCGAGUUUCUGAUCUUCUCCGGCCGGGAGAGGCAGAGUGGGAUGGUGACAGGCUGGGCCAUCUAUUUGGAGAGCACCUAGUUGAGCAGGUUCGGUCGAUUCCCCUUCCGGGAUCAGCAGGUCCAGAUGUCAGGGUCUGGAGCACUACCUCUCGAGCGAGUGUUGGGAUCGGAGAGGUUGCCAGGCUCCUUCAGUCAGGCUCACAGUUGGGCAUAGAUUGUGGCUGGGUGUGGAGGUUUGGGCUACACCAGCGGGUUGCUCUCUUCCUGUGGAAGGUGGCCUGGGAGCGGUUGCCGACAUGCUCAGUGUUGUGCAGACGAGGUUUGAGCCUUUCCCCCUCUUGUCCAGACUGCGAGGUGGAGGAGUCGGUGGAUCAUGUUUUAUUCCACUGCGUAUGGGCGAGAGGGGUUUGGAGCUUGACUGGGAUUCUGGGGGCCACCUGGAGUGGGAGAGAUCUCUUCCUGGAGGAGGUUCGGCUGUGGGCUAGUGCACCUCAGACACGGGGAUUGGCUAUCCGGGCGUCUUGUACAGCGUACCAGAUAUGGCUGGCCAGGAACGCCCGAGUGUUUGGAAGUGUGAAUGCUUUAAUGGAGUCAAAAGGUGGCAAGAAGAAGUCCAGCAGUAGUUCCUUACAGUAUGAAGUUCCCCUUGGCUAUAGCAUUGAGGAAGUUCGACCAAAGGGUGGAAUAAAGAAGUUCCAUUCUGCUGCUUACUCCAAUUGCACGAGGAAGCCAUCUUGA